CGUGCGCGUGACCAGAGAGCCUAGCACCUCCCUUUCCUCUGCUUCCGCCACUUCCGCCCUGGAGAACAUUUCUCACCCAGGAUUGGUAGAAACCUAAGGGCGCAUGCGCACUGAGAGGAUCCCGAUAAAAAUCGCCUUCAAAAUUGCUUAAAAGGCAAACUCUAACAAUGCGAUCUAAGAGUCGUAGUGACCGGCCAAGAAAAAACGCAAUUUUGAGGUCUAAUUCGAUUAUGACGCAGUUGAAAUUAGCUUCUCCCCCAUGCCCCCCCUUCACGCUUCCGUCCUGACGCAAACGUGGGGCCGCCUUCCGCACUGCGGGCUUGUCCUUGGCCCUGCCCUACUCAGUUUCCUGAAGCAUGCGCAGUUGCUUUUCCGUCAAUUCCUGUCCUGGGCGUACGUCAAGAUGGCGGCGUCUGUAUUAAACACCGUGCUGAGGCGGCUUCCUAUGCUAUCUCUCUUCCGAGGUUCUCACAGAGUUCAGGUUCCCCUCCAGACUCUUUGCACCAAAGCUCCCUCUGAGGAAGAUUCUUUGUCCUCAGUUCCCAUUUCUCCUUAUAAGGAUGAGCCCUGGAAAUAUCUGGAAUCAGAAGAAUACCAGGAGCGAUAUGGUUCUCGCCCCGUCUGGGCUGACUACCGCCGCAACCACAAGGGUGGUGUACCCCCACAGCGGACUCGGAAGACAUGUAUUCGUCGGAAUAAAGUUGUUGGGAAUCCCUGCCCCAUCUGUCGAGAUCACAAGUUGCAUGUUGACUUUAGGAAUGUGAAGCUCUUGGAGCAAUUUGUCUGCGCCCACACGGGUAUCAUCUUCCAUGCUCCAUACACAGGAGUCUGUGUGAAGCAGCACAAGCGGUUGACCCAGGCCAUCCAGAAAGCCAGGGAUCAUGGUCUCCUCAUUUACCACAUCCCCCAGGUUGAACCACGGGACCUUGACUUCAGUACCUCUCAUGGGGCUGUGAGUGCUACUCCGCCAGCCCCCACCCUGGUCUCAGGUGACCCCUGGUACCCAUGGUACAACUGGAAACAGCCACCAGAGAGAGAACUGUCUCGCCUUCGCCGGCUUUACCAGGGUCAUCUCCGAGAAGAGAGUGGCCCCCCACCUGAGUCAAUGCCCAAGAUGCCCCCUAGAACACCAGCGGAAGCCUCCUCCACUGGGCAGACAGGCCCUCAGAGUGCUCUGUAGGAGCUGUAGACCGGGAAGAGAGGCCAGGCGUGGUGGCUCACUCCUGUAAUCCCAGCACUUUGGGAAGCCAAGGUGGGCUGAUCACUUGAUCCCAGGAGUUUGAGACCAGCCUGGGCACCAUGGUGAAACCUCGUCUUUACCAAAAAAUACAAAAAUUAGCUGGGUGUGGUGGUGCACACCUGUAGUCUCAACUAUUGGGGAGGCUAAGGUAGGAUCACUUGAUCCCAGGAGGCGGAGGUUGCAGUGAGUUGCAGUCGCACCCCUGCACUCCAGCCUGGGUGACAGCUAGACCCUGUCUCAAAAAAAAAAAAAAGACUGGGAAGAGAGCUAGAGGGACUAGGAGAUAAUGUGUAUGUAGGUUUAUGUGAUGGGAUAUCACCCUGAAGAGUUGUGUCUUUUGUGACCAAUGACAAAUCCAGGAAAUGAAUGUUGCUGAUAGGGAUAAAUCUUGAGGCUGAGGGCGGGCGGUACAGAUGUGUGUGGGAAACCCCAACCCCUAUAUAUUGUUAAGUAGAUGGGCUGGGCUAAACAUUGUUGCUGUUUCAUACUUCUGCCAACUCAGCUUUUACACAAUAAAGCUCUACUCUCCUGUC